AAUGAAUUACGAAAGUCGAAAAUCGAAAUUAACCAAGUUCAGGAAUAAAUACGGUUUUAUAGCGACGCGCACUUAAUAAGGAAAAGUUUUGCAAAAUCAUUUAGCUCUAAGCAAAUGAUUCAUGAAGAUAUUAUUAUCUACGCAGAUAUAAUCCUAUAAAUACACAACCUACAGUUAUAGUAAUGCACCGCGAGGCACCGCGCCUUCAUUUUCCGAUUAUGAACUGUUAAAAAUUGUUUCCCUACAAUAUAUAAACCAGAUAUCAAAGAACUCUCUUACGUUGGAUCAUAUUGUUAUGCCACAGGUCAAAUAUUUCGGUCGUUUUAUGUAAUAAAUGUAAUCAUCGCACCUUAUCAAUAUUCUACGAACGUUAUGAUAACGCAGUGAUAAGACUCAACUUUGUCAUUUUCGAAUUACAUUUCGAUAUGACUGUGUAAAUAGUAUUCUCUGUUUGAAAUAUUCAAUUUUUAUUUUAAAUUUAUUUUUUUAAAUUUUGUGUCUAACUUCUUUGUGUUUGUGAAUAUUGUGGAAAAUGCGUGAAAUUGUGCACGUUCAAGCCGGCCAGUGCGGCAACCAGAUUGGUUCUAAGUUUUGGGAGAUAAUAUCUGAUGAGCAUGGCAUUGACACGACGGGGAUGUACCGGGGUGAGAACCCGCUGCAGAAGGAGCGCCUCAACGUCUACUACAACGAGGCCUCCUCAGGCAGGUACGUGCCGCGCGCCGUGCUGGUAGACCUGGAGCCCGGCACCAUGGACUCCGUGAGGGCGGGGCCCUACGGCCAGCUGUUCAGACCUGACAACUUCGUCUUCGGACAGAGCGGAGCCGGUAACAACUGGGCAAAAGGCCAUUACACUGAAGGUGCGGAGUUGGUGGACGCUGUGCUGGACGUCAUCAGGAAAGAAUCCGAAGGGUGUGACUGUCUACAAGGUUUUCAACUGACACACUCGUUGGGCGGUGGCACUGGAUCAGGCAUGGGCACGUUGCUGCUCAGCAAGAUCCGCGAGGAGUUCCCCGACAGAAUCAUGACCACAUUCAGCGUCGUGCCUUCGCCUAAGGUGAGCGAAGUAGUCCUGGAGCCGUACAACGCGACGCUCUCUAUGCACCAGCUGGUGGAGAACACGGACAUGACGUUCUGCAUCGACAAUGAGGCUCUCUACAACAUCUGCUUCAGAACUCUCCGCCUCAGCAGCCCCGGAUAUAGUGACUUGAACCAUUUGAUCUCGAUGACGAUGUCAGGUGUAACGACGUGUCUUCGGUUCCCGGGUCAGCUGAACGCCGAUCUGCGCAAGCUAGCCGUCAACAUGGUUCCUUUCCCCAGACUCCACUUCUUUAUGCCUGGUUUCGCGCCUCUAACAGCUAAAAACUCAUUCAAUUACCGUCCGCAAACUGUCCCGGAAUUAAUGAGCCAGAUGUUUAACCCUGGCAACAUGAUGACGGCGUGCGACCCGCGCCACGGCCGCUACCUCACCGUGGCCACCAUGUUCCGCGGCCGCAUGUCCAUGCGCGAAGUUGACGACCAAGUCCUCGCCAUACAGAACAAGAAUUCCAGCUACUUCGUAGAAUGGAUCCCCAAUAAUCUGAAGGUGUCGGUGUGCGACAUUCCGCCGCGCGGGCUCAAGAUGUCCGCGACCUUCAUAGGCAACACCACCGCCAUCCAGGAGGUCUUCAAGCGCAUCUCCGAACAGUUCACCGCCAUGUUCAGGAGAAAGGCUUUCCUCCACUGGUACACGGGCGAGGGCAUGGACGAGAUGGAGUUCACGGAGGCUGCCAGUAACAUGAGCGACCUGAUCUCCGAGUACCAGCAGUAUCAGGAGGCGAGCGCUGACGAUGAGGAAGUAGAGUUCGAUGAGGAGGAGGAGGACCAACACUACGUCCAGGAGGAGCCGCAGUACUCCAACACUUCCGCGAUCCUGGAGUAGUGACACACUCUUUGUUUUCAUACAAACACCAUCAGUUUGAAUGUAUGCGUGCUCGCCUAUAUGCACACACACCUCCGCCUCCUUCGUUAGCCGAUAAGUGUGUGCGUGUCCAUAAGCGAACAGCGCACAAACACUUAACUGAUCCCAGUUUGUAUAAAGAUGUUCUGUACUAUUAUGUUAAGAUGUUUUAUAAUGCUUUGCUGAGCCAUGGAGCGAAUUUUAUAUUGUUUAUAUUUUAAAGUUGUUUUCUAUGUAACGCCGCCGUGUGAUGAAAAAGUGAGAUGCAACACAACCCAUUGCAGUGACGUGACAAUUUGACGUGUGAAAUAGUCGUCUGUCGAAUCAUUUUUUCGCAAUUUCAGGGUACUAAAGGGGUAAAUGGUUGAAGAGCUUGUCUAUGGUUGUUUGAGAAUUGGUGAAAUUUUAUUUGCCACCAGGUGCCGCGAUAUAUAGCCUUAACCCUUAGGGUCUAUCUUGUCGAACUGCUAUCGUAUGUUAUGAUAUAGCUGUAAUAUGUAACGACUCAAUCAUGUGUCUCGAUAAUAUGUCUACUCGACCUGACGGCUACAUCGCGGCAACUGGUGGCAAAUAGAAUUUCAACAUCCCACAUUGUUCCCCGCCUCAAUGAUCAUUAUAAAAAACAAUUAUUUGAUAUUUUAACCAUGGCUCUAGUCUUGUUGUGUUGUGUUUUUGUAUGCUUA